AUGGGGGACCGGCACCGGCACCGGCGGAGAUUUGGCAGCCUCACAAAGUCCCGGGUCUCCAAGGAGACGAAGCUCCGGCUGCGCGUGGUCUUCCUGGAUGACAGCGAGCGCACGUUCGAGGUGGAGCAAAAGGUUUUAGGCGGCGACUUCUUCAACAAAGUGUGUGGUCAUCUGAAGCUGCUGGAGAAGGAGUACUUUGGGCUGGAGUUCAGACACCAUGGUGGCAACUACGUGUGGUUGGAGCUGCUGAAGCCGCUCGCCAAACAGAUUAAAUACACCAACGAUCUGUUCUUCAGGUUUAUAGUGAAGUUCUUUCCACCAGAUCCUGGACAACUAAAGAGAGGCCUCACCAGGUAUCUGUUUGCCUUACAGAUAAAGCAGGACUUGUCUAACGGCAGUCUGACAUGUAACGACAACAGCGCCGCCCUGCUGGUCUCUCACAUACUGCAGUCAGAGCUAGGGGACUAUGACGAGGAGCUGGAUGGUCACCAUUUAGAGAUGAAGCAGUACGUCCCCAACCAGGAAUAUCUAGACCACAAGAUCAUUAAGUUUCACAAGAGGCACAGAGGUGUUUCCCCAGGAGACUCCGACAUCCACCUGCUGGAGGUGGCGAGGAAGCUGGACAUGUACGGCAUCAGGCCUCACCCCGCCCAUGACGGAGAGGGAAUGAGGAUCAACCUGGCUGUCACACAUUCUGGAGUACUGGUCUUUCAGGGCAACACCAAAAUCAACACGUUCAGCUGGGCGAAGAUCCGCAAGCUGAGCUUCAAGCGCAAACAUUUCCUCAUAAAGCUACACGACAAAGUUGGGCCUUCAUGUAAGGACACACUGGAGUUCUCCAUGGCCAGUCGAGAUGUGUGUAAAUCCUUCUGGAAGACGUGUGUGGAGUACCACGCCUUCUUCAGACUGGCCGAGGAACCGAAGACAAUACACAAAACGCUGCUGUCCUGUAAAGGCUCCAGCUUUAGAUACAGUGGACGUACACAGAAGCAGUUGCUGGAGUGUAUGGGAUCAGGGGAGAAGAAGCCUUCACACUUUGAGAGGACUUACUGUCAGUCAGACUAUGAUCCCCGACAGUGUCGCUCCUCCCCUGAUCUCCUCACAGACGUCUCUAAACAGAUGUACGAGCACUCCCGUCCGUUCACCCAGUCGGGUCAUGCUAUGGCGGUCUGCAGUCAGGACGAGUUGGACCCACAUCACAGAGGCAUAGACAUCGAAAUAGUUGGAGGAGGUGCUAAACGCAGCCAAUCAUCCGUCGAGGUCACCCAGAGGACUCGCCCUCUCUCCCAAGUCACCCCCGUCUCUCCCUCAUCUCUACACCAGUCAACCCCAUCACCCAAAAUCAGAUCUGCCUCCACAUCUGUGAUGGAUGACAUGAGGGGGGGACGGAUUGGGGCGCAGCGCCAAGCCCAAAGGCUAGCUGGUGUCUAUGGCAACCGGUCACGCCGUCGGCCCAACCCCCAGCCACACCCGGAUGCCGCUCAGCAGCUGGUUCUUCUCUACCCAAACAGUCCUGCCUACCAGUAUCACCCCAUCCUCCCAACGUUCCCAUUAGCCGGUCCCUCGCCUCUCAACCGACACCCCUACUUGUCGGACUACGUUGCCGUUUCCUCACUGGAGCGUUUCCCGCAUGCAAGGAGACGGGAUUAUGUGACGAUGGAUGGCCUGACGCGGCCGCCUUUCUAUCCGUUAGGUCAUGAUUCGCCUUCCCUCUCGCCAAUCAGGAGGAACCUCCGCCCCUCUGGCUCAGGUGGGCUGGGAUUGGCACGGGUGUAUCAACCAGGGAGCAACGGAGCGAGGCACUUGGGUGUUGGACACACAGAGGCGGGGCAUUACAGCGAUGACUCCAACUUCCUCCCAGGGCUGCCUCGCCGGGUGGCUAGCCAACCAGAUGUCAAGUUUCACCUCUCAAGGAGUUCUAACCCCGCCUUUAACCCUGCCUCUGAGUUCCGUCCCCUUGGUUACUACCCCCACCUGACUCGCCCCUCCCGACCCACCUACCUCCCACUAAGCUCCUCCCCUCUGCCUGAUCGACCGACCUCGCUGUGCAUGAUCGGAGGCACCACAGGAAGCUACAGUGACUCAGACCCAGAGGUUUUCUAUCCGUAUUACUGUCCACCACCCCCGCUGGGGAAAGUGGUACGAUCUGCUGGACUUGCCAGGAUGAGGUUCUCCUCGGGGAGCCUCCAGCUGGAUGAGGAGGAGGAAGGGGAGGAGGAAGAGGAGGAGGAGGCAGGAGCAGUGAAGGAGAAAGCAAAAAGGGAGUUAAAAGGGGAAGAAGAGAAGACAGAGAAGACAAAAGGAGGUGACGAGACUAAAGGUGCUACAAAGAUCACUGAAGUCACACUGUAG